UGUAGUAGCAAUAAAAUAAAAAUUAACAAAAGAAAAAUAGUCUGUACUUUCUGCAAACAUUCAUUCAUUUCAUCUCUCUCUGCGACCGUUUCCUCUCACUGGAGACGACGUCGUUUUCGAUGUACCUUGGCUCGUUUUGUUGUGUGUACAGCUGAAGCGUGAGAAAGAGGAGCAAGUUUUAUUAUCGGUGUUCUGUUUGAACACGUCGGGAAAAGUGUAAAGUCAAGCGCUCUCGAUCGAUCCCUGAAAUUCCCCGAUUCUGAGGGUUUUGGUGAGCGAGGUCCAGAGCGUCAAAAUUCUCAUGCAGAAGAUAUAAAUUUUUUGAAGUAUUUGUGCUGCUAUAACUGUUUUGCCUGAAGAAAAAUGCCGGAGGGGCCAAAAUUUACAGGAAUUAUAGGCCUACACAAUAAUCAUGACAAUUUCGAUUUCUCGCAAGAUUUUUAUCGUAAGCUCAAUGAGGGUUCUAACAUGUCCAUUGAUAGUUAUGGGAGUUUACAGAUGAGCAAUGGCGGAGGCUCCGUUGCCAUGUCAAUGGACAACAGCAGUGUUGGUUCAAAUGAUUCCCACACCCGUAUCUUGGGUCACCAAGGCCUCAAGUAUGUCAAAGACUAUUCCGUUGCGGCAAGUGUCAAUCCUGGGAGAGUCUCCCAAGGGCUGAGCGAUGAUGCCCUGGCCCAAGCUUUGAUGGACCCUCAAUACCCUACCGAUGGGCUUGGGAACUAUGACGAGUGGACAAUUGACUUGAGGAAGCUCAACAUGGGGCAAGCUUUUGCUCAGGGCGCAUUUGGGAAGCUCUAUAAGGGUACUUAUAAUGGAGAAGAUGUUGCAAUUAAGCUUUUAGAGAAGCCAGAGAAUGAUCCAGAGAGGGCACACUUGAUGGAGCAGCAGUUUCAGCAGGAGGUGAUGAUGUUGGCAAGGUUGAAGCAUCCGAACAUUGUUCGCUUUAUUGGUGCAUGCCGUAAACCCAUGGUCUGGUGUAUCGUAACUGAGUAUGCAAAGGGGGGUUCUGUGCGCCAGUUCUUAGCAAAGAGACAGAAACGAUCUGUGCCUUUAAAAUUGGCUGUAAAGCAGGCCUUGGAUGUUGCAAGGGGGAUGGAAUAUGUCCACAGAUUAAACUUGAUUCACCGAGACUUGAAGUCCGACAAUCUUCUAAUUUCAGCUGACAAGUCAAUUAAGAUUGCAGAUUUUGGGGUUGCUCGUAUUGAGGUGCAAACCGAAGGAAUGACACCAGAGACGGGGACUUAUCGAUGGAUGGCCCCGGAAAUGAUCCAGCAUAGGCCAUACACCCAGAAAGUUGAUGUGUAUAGCUUUGGGAUUGUACUUUGGGAGCUCAUCACAGGAAUGCUUCCCUUCCAGAACAUGACUGCUGUUCAGGCAGCAUUUGCAGUUGUCAAUAAAGGUGUUCGUCCCAAUAUUCCCAAUGAUUGCCUUCCCUCUCUCAGCGAGAUCAUGACUCGAUGCUGGGACACUGAUCCUGAUGUUAGGCCUUCCUUUAGUGAGGUAGUCAGAAUGCUCGAGGUUGCAGAGACAGAGAUCAUGACUACUGUCAGAAAAGCUCGUUUCAGGUGCUGCAUGAGUCUACCGAUGACUACAGAUUGAUGACGAGAGAGGAAAUUUGAUAAGGGUAAGAACAAAGUAAAGAAUUGGAAGGGGAAGAAACUAAUUUGAUAUCAGCUUUGUGUAUGUAUCAUCAUCAGGCUUAAUUUCUUUCUUCAGAUAGAUAAAGGGAGGAAAGUUAUGACAAGAUCUGCUUGCUUUAUGUAAUUUAUUUUUAUAAGUUUCUGACUCUAAGAUCUUAGUAGGAGAGAUUUUGUGUGUAUUUAUAUGUGCCCGUUGUGUUAUAUUUAAAUGCUACCUUUUUUGGUCUUGUAUCCAUCAACAAUGGCAGGUAGAAUAUAUUUACGUCAGACUCAGCUUAUA